UGACCCCGACGCCUUCUCGCGCGGGGCCAGACUCUCUGAGGCGGUGCCGCAGGGGACAGAGGGAUUGACGGAGCCGAGUGCGUCGCAGCUUUCGCCGGAACAUCAGCGCGGAGGACGUGAUGUCGGGGCUUUCCCGCCGGCUGCCGUGGGCCGCCGCCUGCCUGGCCGCGCUCUGUGUGCUGACCGCGGCUCAGAACACCUCCCAGGUCCCGAACGAGACUACAAUUACUACUUCAGCGACCACCAAGAUAGUUCCGACGUCGGUGACGACUCUAACGCCGGUCCCCACUCCAGCACAAGAUAUCUGUGAAAACCGCAACAGCUGUGUUUCCUGCUUUAAUGCUAGCCUUGAUUCUACUCCCUGCUUUUGGAUAGAAUGUAAAGACAAAAACUACUGUUCCCAUAAUUCAACAGUUAGUGAUUGCCAGGUGGUGAAUAACACAGAAUCCUGUUCUGGAUCUGAGCCCACUCCAGUGCCAACCAAUUCUACAGCUAAAACCACAACUCUGCCUUCCUCUUCUACAGCUACCACCACAACUACUACAUCAGGUACAACUAACACCACUUUAACUCCGACUUCACAACCUGGGCGAAAGUCUACCUUUGAUGCAGCCAGUUUCAUCGGAGGAAUUGUCCUUGUCUUGGGUGUGCAGGCUGUAAUUUUCUUUCUCUAUAAAUUCUGCAAAUCGAAAGAACGAAACUACCAUACUCUGUAAACAGACCCAUUAAAUUAACAAGGACUGGUGUGUAACUCACUGAAACCAAAAUAAUUGUCUUUCAAGAUGUCCCGCGUGGAAGACGCUAUUCCAGGAUCUUUAAAUUUUCAAAGGAUGCAUAUAGGAUGUUGUGGAGCAUCGUCCUUGAAGAAAAAUCACUUAAAUCAUUUUGCUCAACAGGAAUAUUUAAAAUAUUCUGCAUGAA